UUCACUGUCGAGAGGCCAUUUUUUUAUGUGUCCGGAUCCCGGUUCCGCUCAUUUCUCCCCUAAACCCGCUUUUAACACCGAAUAAUAACGGAUAUCACCGGCGAACGAGUCCUGGACAUCAAUAGUCUUCAUAUCAGAGAAGAAACCCACAGAUAAACCGGGGAUUUCCGUGUGCUGUCCGUCAUGAAUCCUGAAUAUGAUUACCUGUUCAAACUCCUGCUGAUCGGAGACUCGGGCGUCGGGAAGUCUUGCCUUCUGCUGCGCUUUGCUGACGACACGUAUACAGAGAGCUACAUCAGCACGAUAGGAGUGGACUUCAAGAUCAGGACCAUAGAGCUUGAUGGAAAGACCAUCAAACUACAGAUCUGGGACACAGCCGGUCAGGAGCGCUUUCGCACAAUCACCUCCAGCUACUACAGAGGAGCUCACGGCAUCAUCGUGGUUUAUGAUGUCACAGAUCAGGAGUCCUUCAAUAACGUCAAGCAGUGGCUUCAGGAGAUCGACCGCUACGCCAGCGAGAACGUCAACAAACUUCUGGUGGGAAACAAGUGUGAUCUGACCACCAAGAAAGUAGUGGAUUACACAGCAGCGAAGGAGUUUGCGGACUCUCUGAGCAUCCCGUUCCUGGAGACGAGUGCUAAGAGCUCCACGAACGUCGAGCAGGCCUUCAUGACCAUGGCUGCGGAGAUCAAGAAGCGGAUGGGCCCCGGGGCCACAGCGGGCUCUGAGAAAUCCAACCUGAAGAUCCACAGCACACCAGUGAAGACGUCCAGCGGAGGCUGCUGCUGAACACUGACCUUACAAACCACAGACACCAGCACACACACCACAGCUGAGUAACCAGAGAGAGAGACAGUGUGUGUGUGUGUGUGUGUGUGUGUGAGUGAGUGAGUGUGUGUGUGUGAGUGAGUGAGUGAGUGAGUGAAAAUGUGUGUGUGUGUGUGUGUGUGUGUGUGUGUGUGUGUGUGUGUGUGUGUGUGCGCGCACUUGAGAGUGUGUGCUUGCGUAUGAGUGCGUGCAUGAGUUUGUAUGUUAGUGACUGAGUGCUAGCGAGUGUGUGUGUGUGUGUGUGUGUGAUUGAGUGUGUGUUAGUGAGUGAUUAUGCAUGUGAGUAUUUUAAUGUGUGCAUUCAUAGGUAUGUGUGCUAAAGUGUGUGUGUGUGAGUGUGUAUGUUAGUGAGUGAGUGUGUGUGUGUGUGUGUGUGUGUGUGUGUGUGCGUGCGUGCGUGCGUGCGUGCAUACGCCUAGAGUGUGUGCAUUCGUAAGUGUAUGUGCGUGUGUCUAUGAGUGUGUGCGCAUGUGUGCUAAACUGUGUGCGUGUAAAUGUGUAUGUUAGUGUGUGUGUGUGUUUUUGAGUGCAUGCAAGUAUGUUAGUGUCUGUGUGUGUAUAUGUUAGAGAGUGAGCGUGUGUUUGCAUGAGUUUUUCAGUGUGUGUGUGUGUCCAUGUUUGUAUGCGCAUGUUUUCUAAAGUAUGUGUGCGCGAGUGUAUGUUAGUAAGUGUGUGCGUGUGUGCGUGCAUGCGAGUAUGUUAGUGUGUGUGUAUGUGUGGCUGUGUAAGUGAAUGAGAGUGUGAGUAUGUUAGUUAUUUAGUGAGUGUGUGUGUGUGUGUGUGUGUGUGUGUGUUAGUUUGUUUGCAUGCAUGCAUGUGAGUAUGUUUGUGUGUGUGUGCGUGUGUGUGGCUGUGUGAGUGAAUGAGAGUGUGUGCGAGUGUGUAUGUUAGUGAGUGUGUUUGUGUGCAUGCGAGUAUGUUUGUGUGUGUGAUUGUGUGUGUGCGUGUGUGUGUGUGAUUGUGUGUGUGUGUAUGAGUGAAUGAGUAUGUUAGUUUGUGUGUGUGUGUGUAUAUGUUAGUGAGUAAGUGUGUGUGUGGGUGCAUGCAAGUAUUUGAGUGUGUGUGUGUGUGUGCAUAGGUAAGUGUGUGUGUGUGUGUGUGUGCUUGUGCAUGUUAGUGAGUGUGUGUUUGUGUGCAUGAGAGUGUUAGUGUGUGUGUAUGUGUGAGUGAAUGUGAGUGUGUGUGCAAUAAAGACUGAGAAUAUUAAUGACAGGAUCUGCAUCUUCUGACCGGAUCAUGCACGAACACACACACACACACACACACACUGAUUUUACACACAGCCUCCCGAACGCACUUUUGGACGAGCUCGAUCCGCCUCUGCACUUCCUCUCGCGGACUUUGAAGGAAGCGCUGGACUCUGAUUGGCCGGAGCUCUUCUUCACCUCUGCCUUCAGCCUUUUCAUCAUCUUCCUCUCCUGUUCUUCUGUUCUCUGCAUUUCAACACGGCGCUCCUCUGAACGACUGCACAACUACACACACACACACACGCACACACACACACGCUAGUCGCUAACAGCAUUAUAGGGAUCGUUCACCCCAAAAUCUCAAUUCUGUCAUCAUUUACUCACUCUUUAGUCGUUUGAAAUGUUUCUGAAUGUCUGUUGAACACAAAAGAAGAUAUUUUGAAGAAUGUUGUAGCCAUUGACUUUGUUUUUCCUACUAUUGAAGUCAAUGGUUACCGGUUUUCAGCAUUCUUCAAAAUAUCUUCUUGUGUGUUCAACAGAGAAAUCUUAAUAAAUCAUUUAUAACCGCUUGACAGUGAGUAAAUAGUGCGCACGUUUACAUUUUUGGGUGAACCAUCCCUUCAUCCUCCGGUGCAAUUUUAUGUUCUACUAAUUCAGAACCAAAUCUCGUAAUCCUCUAUUAUGAAUGGGUUAUUAUUUUGUCUUAAUUAGUUCCGAUGCUCAUGUAUAUCCUGUAUAUUUGUAUACUGACAGCACAACUAUAGCAGAUUUAUGUAUAAAUAUAAACCUGUUCCCGGCUGAGUGACGGACAAACAGGAACUGACAUCAUAAUAGUCAAAGGAGCAGCUCACGCAAAAAUAGACUUUCAACCUGAUCCAAACAUGUUUAAGUAGUUUCUGUAUUGAAAGAAGAGAUAUUUUGAAGAAUGCUGGAUAAAUAACAGCCGCUGACUUCCAUAGUGUUUUUUUCUUUUCUACUAUGGAAGUCAACAUUCUUCAAAAUAUCUUCUUUUGUGUUCAACAGAUCAGUUUGGAAUGAGUGAAUAAAACUUUGUGCGUGGACUGUCCCUUUAAGACGUUACUUGUGUCACUUUCAGUUUUGAUGGAGAGAAGGCUCUCGUUUUGUUUUAUGUCACUCCAUGUUUAACUGAAUUAUGAAGGAAAGGUUUAAUAAAAUGAUUUUAACUGGA